AUGAAUUUAAAGUCGCUAGGAAUUCCUACAAACCACCCGCCAUCUGCAUUGGCUACUGGAUUAGCCAUUUUUUUAACCUUCCUAUACGUAUUAAGUUUCUUUACCUCGAUAAACGAUAAAUGGUCUCUCGGGACGGAUGCUAUUAAUUCUUUCUCAUCGUCAUACAGAUUAUCUACAUAUCCAUUGAUCCAUCUUUCUAUUUUCCAUCUUUUCUUCAACAUAGCCGGUAUAAUUGGACCCCUAACCAUUUUCGAAUCAAGACAUGGAACUGUCUAUACUGGCAUUUUUUUAAAUAUGUCAGCGGUGAUCACAGGACUCUUAUAUUGUAUUGUGGGUCAAUUACUAUAUCCCACCGUGAGCGUUGCCGGGUCCAGUGGUUGGUGUUUUACGUUCUUCGGCUACUUUGCUGUGCUAGAAUCCCACAUACGUCCCCGUUACGCUAUCGGUGGAUCCGGGUUCGGUAUCCCCACCAUCAUGACUCCACUUGUGCUAUUACUAGUUAUUGCAGUGUUGAUUCCAGGGUCUAGUUUCUGGGGUCAUCUAUUUGGAUUGAUAAUUGGUUAUGCUGUAGGGUUGAAAGAACCUUGGGUUCAUAAAUUGUUACCACCAGGAUGGAUAAUUACCAAGAUUGAAAGUAAUUUUGAUGCAUUGAUUGCAUUGAUCCCAUUCGGCGUUAAAUAUUAUAAAGACGAAGAAGUUAACAGGGAUGAAAGUUACCAAUCUUUGUUCGGUGGUGAGGAUGGAUUACCCUUGGUUAGUGACAAUGUUACUGCUAGUAGAUCAGAGGGAAGAGUAUUGGGAACAAAUUAA